AUGGAGCUGCCAGCUGUUGGCGAGCACGUCUUCGCGGUGGAGAGCAUCGAGAAGAAGCGGAUCCGCAAGGGCAGAGUGGAGUAUUUGGUGAAAUGGAGAGGCUGGUCCCCCAAAUAUAACACGUGGGAACCCGAGGAGAACAUCCUGGAUCCCCGUCUGCUGAUCGCCUUCCAGAACAGGGAACGGCAGGAGCAGCUGAUGGGAUACCGGAAGAGAGGGCCAAAGCCCAAACCGCUGGUGGUGCAGGUACCUACCUUCGCCCGUCGUUCCAAUGUGCUGACCGGACUCCAGGACUCCUCGGCUGACAACCGCGCCAAGCUGGAGCUGGGCGGUCAGGGCAAGGGCCAGGGGCACCAAUACGAGCUCAACAGCAAGAAGCACCACCAGUACCAGCCGCACAGCAAGGAGCGGGCGGGCAAGCCCCCGCCGCCAGGCAAGAGCGGCAAAUACUACUACCAGCUCAACAGCAAGAAGCACCACCCCUACCAGCCGGACCCCAAAAUGUAUGACCUGCAGUACCAGGGCGGCCACAAGGAGGCGCCCAGCCCCACCUGCCCGGACCUAGGCUCCAAGAGCCACCCGCCCGAUAAGUGGCCCCACAGCGGGGGGGCCAAGGGCUACCUGGGAGCCGUGAAGCCCCUGGCCGGUACGGCCGGGGCUCCAGGCAAGGGCUCCGAGAAGGGUCCCCCCAACGGGAUGACGCCGGCCCCCAAGGAGGCGGUGACGGGCAACGGGAUUGGGGGCAAGAUGAAGAUCGUUAAAAACAAGAACAAGAACGGCCGCAUCGUGAUCGUGAUGAGCAAGUACAUGGAGAACGGCAUGCAGGCGGUGAAGAUCAAGUCCGGGGAGGCAGCCGAGGGCGAGGCGCGCUCCCCCAGCCACAAGAAACGGGCUGCUGAGGAGCGUCACCCCCCGGCAGACAGGACUUUCAAAAAGGCCGCGGGGGCGGAGGAGAAGAAGGCGGAAACGCCCUCCAAGAGGAGGGAGGAGGAGGCGCCGGGGACCGGGGACCCGCAGUCCCAAGAGGCCGGCUCCCGCAAGCUCUCCCCGACCAAGGAGGCCUUCGGCGAGCAGCCUCUGCAGCUUACUACCAAGCCCGACCUGCUGGCCUGGGACCCGUCCCGCAGCACACACCCACCCUCCCACCACCACCACCACCACCACCACCACCACCACCACCACCACGCCGUCGACCUAAAUCUCUCCCAUGCGCGCAAGCGCUGCCUCUCCGAGACCCACGGCGAGCGAGAGCCCUGCAAGAAGCGCCUGACGGCGCGCAGCAUCAGCACCCCCACCUGCCUGGGGGGCAGCCCCGCCGCGGAGCGCCCUGCGGACGUGCCCCCCGCCGCCGCCCUCCCGCAACCGGAGGUCAUCCUGCUGGACUCGGACCUAGACGAGCCCAUAGACUUACGCUGCGUCAAGACGCGCAGCGAGGCCGGGCAGCCGCCCAGCGCCCUCCAGGUGAAGCCCGAGGCGCCCGCGACCGUGGCGGUGGCUGCUGCGCCGGCAACAGCGGCCGAGAAGCCGCCGACCGAGGCCCAGGACGAACCCGAGGAGCACCCGAGCGAGUUCAAGCCCUUCUUUGGGAAUAUAAUUAUCACCGACGUCACCGCGAACUGCCUCACCGUCACGUUCAAGGAGUACCUGACGGUGUAG